AUGAUUGUCUUAGCUCUUGCCCAGAACAGCAGGGUCUGGGAUUGUCAGUGCACCGGUUUCUUCCUGACCAAAGACCAGAGUAACCCCCAGAUGAAUGAAUUUUCCUGGAAAGAUGUUGCCAAUGCCUUGUCCCUGGCCAACAUGAUCCUGGGACUCUUCUCCAUCUUCUGCAGCUUCUGCAAGAAAUCCUACUGUGCCUCCUGGAUGAUUCUGAUCAGCUUCCUAUUAGACAUGGCAAUCAGGGCAAUCACCAGACACCUCAACAUCUGCUCCAAAUUGGGAGUUGAGCUGAAUGAUUUUGCUGUCUUCACCGCCUUUGGCCUGGCCUCAGCCCUGCUCCUCGGUGUGGAUGGGCCUCUGAAUGGGUUCUUGGCCGUCAUCUAUGUGUUAGCUGCUGCUUUCCGCCUGUGUUUUUAUUCAGCUGGCCUUUCCCUCACACACAAGGGUCUACCCUGCUCCUAUGCCUCCUGUGUUCUGGCCUCCACCUCCCUCCUGACCAAAGGCAACACGUUCAUUCUCUUCUGCAUGGCCUCACUUAUGAUUCUCUUCAUGAUGGACCAGAGCUACUACCCGCAUGACGAAAUCCUAGAGUCUGAGAACUGGAAAAAAGUAGUUUAUCUGGGAGGUGUCAUCAUGCUGCUUUUUUCUCCAUUCUCCCUAACUGCUUUUUACUGCCUGAUGUGGUCGCUCUCCUACAUUUUCUUUCCAGAUGCUCUAUGGGGCAAGACAGUGUGUCUUAGGCAACAGCACCUAAGAAACUAA